GUCUUUCGUUACCUCCCUAGGAAGUCGAUGUCGAAGUGGAAGAAUUAUGUGGUGUAUUUUUGGAGGUCAUCGACGCACGAUGUUGCCAACAAAAAGCUGCGGCAUCGGCAAGGCCUCGCUGCAUGCUUUUCACUCAUUUAGCCCGCAGCCUAGCUUUGGUUGAUUUGUUCUCCUUGCGGCGCAAGUCAAAGUGAGUUGUUUCUCUUUUUGGAUAGAAGAUGCGUCAGAACAGAAACAAGCCAAAAGAAACAACUCGUCAUCUCCGCCCUAACCAUGUUAGGACCCAUGCUGGUAGUUCCAGAGCAUCAUCAUCUUCAUGACCCACUGUGCUACGACCACCAUCACACCAACAACCGUCGUCCCUACUCGGUCACCUCGUUCAUUGCCACCGGACUAAACCCGCGUCCUCCCUUCGGCUUUUACGAUACACUCCCCGGGGGCGACACCGGUUCCGACCGCGGGAUUUUCCCGCCCGCGAACACGCAAGGCGCUUUUCAGGACGACAUCGUGGACGAUGGGGCCGGAAACGACGGGCCGCCGGCCCAGCCGCCGAAACCGGCCACCACGCCCAAAAGCGAAGGCCCCCUGCAAGAAGCGGACACUAACUUGGGGCAGGCCCGGAAAACGAUGGAGCGGCUCAAGUUCACCAUGCCGACCCGGGGGCCCGCACCCGGCGCGGGGAAAACGAUCACGCAGCCCAACGAUAAGUUGAAUUUGCUAACGUGGCACAAGGACAUCAUCACAGACAGCUGCGAUCCGCUGGUCAUGUGGAAGGUAAGUACUUACGUACAUCAUCAAGGAGGAGAGAGGAAGCAGCGGGUCCUCGUGUUUGUCAUAAUAUGUAGAGAGGUCACCGAACGGUUCUAGCCGGGGAGUUUUUUUGCCAUCUACCCUGAAAAACGACCGGCAGUUUUCAAGCGGCCGGAAGUGUUUUUGCACAUAAAAAAUUUGCAAUUAUCAAGCGGGCGGGGCGUUGCCGUCAAACAAGCCCGGUCGAAAGCUAUCGAUUCGCACUCGAUAAAACGACGCAGGGGAGCCGGCAAAAGGGGCGCCCUUCUGAGGCGCCCGCCGCCUUAGUUUCUGGCGAUUUGGGGCGCCCAAAAAGAGGCGCGCAAAAAACGCGCCCAAAAUCAGAACAGCGAAACAGCAUGGCACGGCCGCGAUUUCGGAGCAUUUUGGGCGGCCGCGAAGGCGGCCGCCUUUUCGCCGGUUUCAGAGCCUGGGAAGCUUUGCAAAAGGCGCCGGCGUGAAAAAUAAAAACGCGAAAAAGAAAAAGCGCCCCAGACGCGCAAAGCCAAUCCGCAUGCUAUGGGCCCGAUUUCCCUUCGCUUUUUGGGCGCCCCCCGUGGCACCCGGAUCGGCCCCAUAGCAUGGGGGCUGGCCUUCGGAAAGGAAUUUCGGGAAUUUGCCAAAAUUUGCGAUGUUUAUCAAGCGGCCGCCAUACCGUGCGGCCUAACGUUACUCGCGGCGGUAUCGCGAGCCCAGAAAAAGCAAAGCCGCGGCCAAGGCGAUAACCGGCAAGAAAACGCCCACGACCUCACUACCUCCGCCCCGGCGGCUAUAUUUGGUAUGUUAUUUGUAUGUGGUUGUGGUUCCUAGUCCUUGACCUUGUCGUGUGUUCGCCUGGUGGCAAAUUAAUGGAAAAGUUGAAGCUCUUGCUAUUGUUUUUUUCUACUUCCUGCACCUGUUUCGUGCCCCCAACUACGUAAAGGGAACCAUAACCACCAAAUAAACUCGACUACCCUACCAGGUUCGCAAGGCCAUUGUCGGUUUGAAGUGGCACUUGAUCUCGAUGCGCGACCCGACCGCGUUACCGUCGAAAGCGGGCAAGCAAUACUUCUCCGACAAGAUUGUCAAUCAACUGACCGACAUGGAGCGGAGGGUGAUGUCUUGGGGGUACAGUUACGACCCCUACCCCAUCCCGAAGUGUGCCCGCGACGGGUACUGGAACGGUUUGCAGAACGAAGUCCGGAACUUGCGGGAACUGUUGCUGCAGCAGUUUGCGUACGCGAUCCAGUCGAAGCAAGAGAAACCGGAGACCGACGUGAUGAAGUCCUACCAGCGGUUUCUGUUUGAAAACUUCGUUUCCCAAAUGAAGGGCGGGGUUAACGAAGACAGCAAUUACUUGAACAACAGCAUGCAGGGUGGGGUGGGAAGCACGGCAGGGAAAAAUAAGACGAAUGUCGUCACCGACACCGGGAAGGCGAUCAUGCGAGGCAUGUCCUUCGAACCGGCCUACACGCUGUCUACCGGCUUUUUCGGCGGGAACUCGAAGCCGGUUUUGCUCCCGGACGGCCAGCCCGCCUAUUUGCCCGGACCGCGCGCCAGGCCGAAGGCGGUCAAGUAUGAGGAUAAUGAGAAUGGGUAUGUCACGUUGGAUAUGAAAUUUGGGAAAAGUUCGUAGUUUCGUUGUUGUACUAAUGUCCAGAUGGGCUGCAACUGCAUCUGCAAGAAAUGAGGCAUGAAUCUCCUCUGAAAACUCAAACUACAUCAAGAGAAUAUACGUAGUACUAGAAGUCAGCUAGUAGCGCAGACCUACCCGCCAGCUCCUCGUAGCUCUUGCUCUUCAGCAGUAGCAGGGUAUAAUAUGCGAUCGUACAAGUACAACUUUAACUUUUGCAGUGCAUAUGAAACGAUAUCAACACAAUUAUGCGGUACCUAGAGGAUUUGUGGGACACGGUGCAUGCGGUGCCGAGACACGGAGAACUGGCACUGCAAGGACCGUCAAUGUUCGCCUCUAACAUGCUUACUUCCGCAGCGAACUCGGUCGGGCAGGUGGUCAAAAACGCUUUCGGCUUGAAGGGCAUUCCGCCGGCGUCCAGCGUAAUAACGCUGAAACAGGGAACGAAGGUGAAAUCCAAUGGGGCGCUGAAAAGAUUUGCGAACUUUUUCAUGUGAUGAAAGAUGAAAGACUUGGAAGCCGGAGGAAGUGGUGAGGUGACAGCUGCGCACCUUCAAUAUGACAUGGUUUUUGUUUUGAACACCGAGCUGACGAGGAUUGAU